AUGCUGGUGACACAAGGCAGUCGCGCGCCCCGCGUUUACGGCAGAAGUCUUCCGAGCAGGACCGAGGAGGAAGUCACUGUGGGUAUUCAUGGUUUCGGACUGGAGUCAGAUUCGAGCAAGCUCGACGCGCCAAGGCUGGGUGACAUGGAAGGAGGUGCCGUCGGGGCAUUGCCGGAACGGCGUGUCUGCGCUUCGUAUAUAACCACCACCGCCGGGUGCUGGCCACCCGCCGUUUCCCCCUCUCUGGCCCAGUUGGUGCGCUCCCGGCGGGUUUUCAGAAUGCCUCUAUUCGAUUUCCUCUCCUCCCUGUUUGCGACCCGAGCAUGGCCUCCAUCGCCCACCCACUGCCCCGAAGACACGACCCCGACGCAGGCACCCACGCCCACCGCAGUGCCACCUAUCCCGCUCGAGCUCGUCCUCACAGUCAUCGAGACAGCGUGCGCAGAUGCAGACUCGGACGAGGACCGCAACCGCCUCCUCUCCACCUGUUCCCUCGUCUGCAAGGCGUGGUCCACCGCCUCACAACGUCUUCUCUUCUCUUCCAUCACACUCCGUAGCCAGUCCUCCUUUCAGUUGUUCAUGAACGCGGUCGAUCGCACGACGGACCACGGUAGGACCCUCGGAGAUGCCGUCAAGCGCAUGCGCGUCGUGUUGGACCACAACCAGCCGUUCAGUCUCCACCAUCAUUCCUUCGCCCUUGCGGUGACCGUUUGUCCGAACAUUCAGGAGCUCGACAUCGCCCUCUACGGCUGUGCCGAGCCCGGAAAGGAUGUGGUCGGUGUGCCCGACGUGUCGCGUCUCAGACGAUCGGCUCCUUCAUUCGACGAGCAGACCAUCUCCCUCCUCAAGUCUGGCCCAAGCAUCAAAACACUUCAUUUCAGCAACUGGUCCGAGAACCAGCAAUCAAUAUUCCAAUUGCUCGACAUCUGGCCGUCUCUUCAGACCCUAUCCAUCGGAGGCACAGCUCCACAACACCUCCAGGAUUCCCCUCCCCCUUUCCCAUGCGCCCUAGAAGCGGUGCGCUUCAACUUCCAGUCCACCCCUUCUGCCGACUUCAUGAAAUGGCUGCUCCACAACUCCGCCGGGUCCCUUCGCUCCCUCCAUUUCGACAGGGACCCAUGCAUCGAAGUCUUCGAAUAUCUCGUCAACGCGUUCGGUUCUCAGCUGCAGUCCAUGUCGUUCCCCGGCUUUGCUUCGCUGGAGUACGCGUCGUUGAUCCCUAGGUGCACCCGGUUGCGUGAACUGAGGACGGAAACCCCUUCCUGUCCCUCUGCGUUCUACAAGCACCUUCCCGGCAACUUGGACCGUCUAGUGUUUGGUUUGGACCACGAGACCUCCCUCCACUCGAUCAUCGACUUUGUCAAGACCCACGAUAUGCUCAAGAACGUCGAGGUCUUGCUUUGGGAAGGCGGUCUGAAUCAUUCCCUCCUUCCGCCUCUCAAGAUGGCGUGCGCGCUUCAGGGUACUGAGUUGACGAUUUCGCAUGACCUGCAGCGAUUUCGGGCCACGACUAUGAUGUAA